CGUUUUCAGAAUUUGGCGCCAGCUAGUUUAAUGCUUGAAGGCUGUAGGCGCAGUUUGGUUUGGAUUGACCGAGACUGUCUGUUGUUGAUAUUGGAUUAUGCUCAAUAUCUUCAAAGGAAGGAACUGAAAAAGUUCCUACAACAAUGUCGGUGGCGGUGGAAACCACAGUUUCCAGGGUGCCUCUCCCUCUUCCGACUCACUUCUCCCAUGCAGAGCAGUCCUUUUCCCUCAAGAAGCGCCGUCUCCCUUUCUCCUCGUCUUCUACGUCCAACUCAUCCUGCUCCUCCCCAGCUCGACUCUCACACUCUCUGCCCCCGCUGCCACCAUCCAAGGGAUGUCCCCCUUUGAGCCGGAUGUUCCCCCAGCAUCCAUCCCCCUGGACACCCCUAUCACGUUCUCUUACUAAGUCUCCCCCUCCAAAUUCGGUAUAUGAUCCCAGUAAGCAGCAGUCCUAUUUCAGUCAGUGCUUCACUAAUUUGGGCCUGCUGGGGAGGGGCUCAUUCGGAGAGGUCUACAAGGUGCAAAGCAGCAAGGACGGCCGCCAGUAUGCAGUCAAGCGCUCUACUCAUCGCUUCAGGGGCAACAGUGAGAGGAACCGGAGUGUGAGGGAGGCCAGAAACCACGAGCGCCUCUGUCCCCAUCCUCACAUCUUGAACUUUGUGGCAGCCUGGGAGGAGUGUGGCCGACUAUUCAUUCAGACAGAGCUGUGUAGCACCAGCUUGCUGCUCCAUGCUGAAAACCAACCUCCUGGCCCAGAUGAGCGUGCAGCUUGGGGUUACCUGUGCGACCUUCUCUCAGCACUGCAGCACUUGCACUCUCACGGUUUUGUGCAUCUAGACCUCAAGCCUGCCAACGUCCUUAUCACUGACUCUGGGUGUCUCAAACUGGGGGACUUCGGGCUGCUGCUUGAGCUCAAACAGAACAGCACAGAUCCUGUAGAGGGGAAAGUGAAAGAGGAUAUCCAGGAGGGAGAUCCCAGAUACAUGGCUCCUGAGCUGCUGCGUGGGGAGUACGGGCCUGCUGCAGAUGUUUUCAGUUUGGGCGUUUCUAUUCUGGAGCUUGCCUGUAAUAUCGAGGUUCCCAAUGGUGGAGAGGGCUGGCAACAGCUCAGACAAGGCUACCUCCCCUCACAGUUUACCAGUGGCCUAUCAGCUGAGCUUCAGACAGUACUGCGGAUGAUGUUGGCCCCAGAACCGUCCGACAGACCGACAGUCUCUGAACUUCUUGCCCUCCCCUCUGUUAGGAAACACAGGUGGAAGAGGCGCAUCUGCCUAAUGCUCGCUGAGACCAUGCUGACCUUUGCCUCCCUCUGCCAGUCGGUCAUGUGCUUUGGAUGUAGACUCCUCUCUUCUCUUCAAUUGCCGUUCCUCCCUCGUUGGACCAAGCCAGUACCCUGCACUCCUCCUAAGGACAGCUGGGACAAGGAGUUAACCCUGCCUCUCAGCGCCAUGCAUGCUGACUCAGGCAGCCCAGAGGAUGAUGCAGUGUUUGUGCUGGAUCCCUUGGACCCGGAGCUUUCCCCUACCUUCUCACACAGGGUCAAAUCCAGACUAUGUGUAGAGAGUACGUCCACUCCUCUCCCAGGCUCCCCAGCGCACAGUCAUCGCAGUCCUGCCCACACGCCCACUCACUCAAAUCUGUAUGAUUGGUCCUCCUGUGACUUAGCGCCGACCCCCUCCAGCAUCCACUCAAAUGGUUCCUGCCGCACGCUGACGCCCAGCGCGAGCCCCAUACACGCAGAGCUUCACACCGACAGCAUGUAUGAAAGCUCCACGCAGAGCCGACACACUUCAUCCACCAAGUCCUCGCAGCGGCGUGGUCGUAACUGGGUCCGAACAGAGGAGACUGUACCCCGGCCCAACUUUGAACCAAAGAACCUGCUCAGUCUGUUCGAAGACACCGCCAUAGAGGGAUAGCCACAAGUUCAAGACUGCCAGUUUACAUUCAGGGACGUUCUCUCACUUUAAAGUGUCUGGUGAAGAGGACCUAAUUGUAUGAAUGUUCACUACUUUGUUUGUAUGAACUGUUUUUUGCCAUUUUGUACAGUAAAAGCCAGUAACAGCUUCUUUUAACAUGUAUUUGAACAAAAAAAAAAAGAAUUUGUGGAAAGGUUGAAUAUGUAAUCAGAAGCUUAAAGCACUUUUUAUGUUUAUGUAAAUGCAAACAGUUGCUGAAAAGGACAAGUCAUGAUUUAUUGUUAUAGUAAGUUAUCAUUAGCUUUGUGCACACUUGAGUCAUGUAUCCCACCAGCUCCAAAAAAAAAAAAGAAAUAAACAGAGGAGAGAAUCUAAACUUGUCAGAUAUGUUUUGAAUAUCAGAAACAUCCAAAAUAAACAAUCCUGUGUGACUGGUGGCUGCUGUCAAGCUUCGUGACUUGACAAAUGAAACAUCAUUUAUUGGCAGAGAAAUGAAUCUUUUUAAAAUGUUUUCACCAGAGGUUACAUAAAUCAAACUGUAAGGAAUACAAAUCAGAAAGAUGCACCACAUGAUAAGCAGUGGAUGAGUAAAUGUAUCCUUUAUAAAGAGAUGAAGAUUAUUUUAGGUCCUGUUGGCAUGUGCACCAGUAGAUGGCAGCAACGCCUAUAACGCAGGAUAGCAGCCGCCUUGAAGACACAGGAAGGGGAUGGUGUGUUAGUGGUAAUGUUUCUGUCGUGCACAUAAUAAUACUCACAUCUACCGGGCUAUUAAAUAAUCCGCCAAACCGAUUUUAGACUCUUGAACCCGUGUAUCGUGCAAAACCGCUUUACCUUCAGGUGCCAAAUGAACACCUGGUCUGACAUGUUCUGAGAAACGAUUCUGCAACAUAAUCGCGAAUAUCUGCAUAAACAUCGUGACAAUGAGCGUUUCUACAGGGAACACCAUUACGUAAUCUGGGAUUCAUCAAAAACCGCGACACUUAAUUGAAGGUUUAAGUGCACAAAGAUGUCCAAAAUUGAGCGUCUGAAUGCUCGAGUGGAAAAACUGCUGUUUAAAGCAGUGCAGGAGGUUCUGGAGGUGGUGAAGGAGACGGUGUCAGAGUACCAGGAGAAAACUGCCCGAACCCAGAGGGAGAACCAGAGUCUGAAGAGGAGACUGCAGGAGCUCCAGGAGAAGUUACAAUUGGAGAGCAAUGGAAUUGUGCCUCAGAUUUGCCCUCCAUCCCAGCCGGCCAAGGUGGACCUACAUCCCAUGAAGCAGAAACAGAAAGAGGAGCUGGAAGAGGACAUUGAACUCAUCCCGUCUGAUAAGGACAUUUCAGUAAUCUGUCCCUCAAAUCCAUAUGAAGACCUGGACUGUGAGGCAUCCAUCCUACCAUUAGCCCCCUCCUGUCUUUCCCCUAAAUGUACAACAAGACUACUAGUGGAUGAGGAUUAUUUACACGACUCAAAAACUCUCAAAACCGAGGCUGACAACAGACUGUCAACACCAAUUUCAAACCAAGAAAACCCCAUAAUUGAACUUACAAUCACUGAAAGUGAUAAUAAAAUGAAAGAAGAGCCUACAUCAGAUGAAGACGCUGUGCACACCACAAGUUAUUUUUAUGAUGACGCUCGUAGAGGCAUUACAUCCUUCAGCAGGCUAAACCUAGAACCCCCUGAAGCCAAUACAGGACCACACCCCACUGAGUCAGGAGAUGUUUUCAGUCUGGACCAAAAUGGCACAGAAGAGCUUCUGUCUCAAAGAUACAACAGUGCUGGAGCAGUAGAACAACACGCCACUCAAACAAACACAAAAGUGUGUGGUUCAGGCUCGAAAGCAUUCGAGAGAAACACCAGAAAACACUACUGCUGCUCUCUGUGCGGUCGCACCUUCAGGCACGCAGGCGACUACAAGAAACACAACAGAGUCCACACGGGGGAGAAGCCGUACUGCUGCUCCGUGUGCGGAAAGCGCUUCAGCCAGUCGGGCUACCUGACUGUGCAUCUGCGCUACCACACAGGAGAGAAGCCGUUCGGCUGCAGUCAUUGUGGCAAAAGUUUUAGUCACUCAAGUAACAUGAAGAAACACCAGCAGACUCAUCUGUGAGGCAGCUGUGUUUUCGGCAGCUGAUGUAUCCAGAAUUUUUCAUUACGUAUCGUGUUAUUUAUAUUAAGGGAUGAACACUGGAAAAGGCUGCCUGUCUGCAAGCUACAAACUGAAAGUGUUGGAUUCUCAAAAUUCGAUGUCAAGUUAUCCUCUGUGAGCGUCAGUUGAGCAUAUUGCAAUCCUGUCCAGAAAAUGAUGUAUCUGUAAGAGUGUCACAUGGAAAAGUAAAUGUGCCUUCUUUUCAUCACAACAGGAAGCUUAGAGUAGAGCACAUGUCAGCUUUCAAGUGUCAAGUGCAAUCUGACGCACAAUCUGUUCCAGCCUUACUGUUGCCUGUCAGUUGUUUUGAGAUUGUGGUUACUGUGUUACGCAUCUAGUGUGGACCUGCACAUGCAAAUUUACAAAUUGAAUAAAUGUAUUUGGUACUUCUUUA